AAUACCGCUUCCUCCACAGCUUCAGAACUAAAGGGUGUGGAGGUAGGCACUCUCUUCUUGUGAUUACAGCCACGGCAGAACAAGCAUCAUGGAUCUAGGAAAAGGGAUGCAGAAUGUAAUGGUGGUGACCCUGUUUGUUAUUUGUCAGGUCUGCCUGUGCUAUGAUGGAGUCACUGAUGACUAUGCUGACGAAAACACCACAGUGGACUACAGCCAAUUUGAAUCUCUUUGCUACAAAAAAGACGUCCGGGAUUUCAAAGCCUGGUUCCUGCCCACCAUGUACUCAGUCAUCUGCUUCGUGGGCCUUCUGGGCAAUGGGCUGGUCAUGCUGACCUACAUAUAUUUUAAGAGACUCAAAACCAUGACCGACAUCUACCUGCUGAACUUAGCGGUGGCCGACAUCCUUUUCCUCCUGACCCUGCCCUUUUGGGCAGUCAGCGCCGCCAAGUCCUGGAUUUUCGGCCCUAUCCUCUGCAAAGCCGUCUACUGCACCUACAAAAUGAGUUUCUUCAGCGGCAUGCUCCUGCUGCUCUGCAUCAGUGUGGACCGCUACUUCGCCAUCGUCCAGGCUGUCUCCGCCCACCGCCACCGAAACCGCAUAAUCCUCAUCAGCCAGAUCUCCUGCUGCGUGGUCUGGAUGCUAGCCUUCCUCUUCUCCACCCCAGAGCUGAUCUACAGCAACGUCCUCAAGAAUGGGCGUUGCUCUCUGGUGACCGAAGACCUGGAAACCUUCACAACCAUCAUCCAGGUAGCCCAGAUGGUGAUCGGCUUCUUAAUCCCGCUGCUGGUCAUGUUCUCUUGCUACCUCGUCAUCAUCCGCACGCUGCUGCAAGCCCGCAAUUUUGAGCGCAACAAGGCCAUCAAGGUCAUCAUCGCCGUGGUCAUCGUCUUUAUCGUCUUCCAGCUACCCUACAAUGGUGUGGUCCUGGCCAAGACCGUGGCGGCCCUCAACAGAACCUCCACUGACUGUGAACACAGCAAGCAACUGGACAUAGCCAGCGACGUCACCUAUAGCCUUGCGUGCCUGCGCUGUUGUCUCAACCCUUUCCUCUACGCCUUCAUCGGCGUCAAGUUUCGCCAAGACCUCUUCAAGCUUCUCAAGACCUUUGGCUGCCUCAGCCAAGAGCGCCUCCUAAACUUAUCUUCGUGCCGACAGAACCGGCGCUUCUCCAUGAGCAUGGAGGCGGAGACCACCACCACCUUCUCCCCUUAGAGAAUCACCUCCCCAACUCUAACCCAUCCCCAAGGACCUCAUUGCCCUCCAGCCCCAAGUGGCUAAGCUGCUUCGACAAGUUAACACCAAGAAUUUCAAAGCUGCUAGGGUUGGAAGAGGGUCACUCUCUCUUCUUCUUCUUCUUCUUCUCUAUCUCUCUGAUAUUUCAUUGUAAAAGGAUUUUCUUGGUGUUUCAAACAGAGAAAAUACCCCACCUGAGAAGCCUGCCUGAACCAACCACAUCAACCCCAACAAAAGGGAGAGAAGAGGUGUAUUGAGAGCUAACAGCAAGAGUUCAGGAUGCUUGGGUUAUCCUCAAGAUCUAAAAGUGAGAGUUGGGAGUGGCCUGGGUCUAGGAAAGAGCCUAGUGGGGUAGGGAUUGUGGGGAGAUGAGGUAAAAAGCCAUAGUUUCAGAAUGAAACUACUCUUGGAUGUCAGAAGAAAAAAAAAGCACUCUUCAAAGCAAUCCCAGAAGG